UCACGUGACCGCGCGCCCAGCAUGGCGGAGGCGGCGGCCGCUCCCGCAGCGCCCGCGACCCGGAGCCGCCGGCGCUGAAGCCGGAGCCGCGCCGAGCUCGGCGGCCGCAGCUGCUUUUCCUUUCCCUUCACCCCUUUCAAUUCUUCCUCCUCCCCCGCCGCCGCCAUGGCCGAGCCGGUGGCUGCGGGGAUCUCGUCGCUGCCCCGCGAGGUCCGCGAGCAGCUGGCCGAGCUGGAGCUGGAGCUCUCGGAAGGGGACAUCACGCAAAAGGGGUACGAGAAGAAGAGAGCGAAGCUGCUGGCUCCCUAUGUUCCACAGACCCAAGGGGUUGAUCCAGCGUUACAGAAGGAAUCCAGAACUCAGAUGCCUGUUCCAUCUGCAACCCCGGCCUCGGCAUCAUCGUCAUCCUCUUCCUCAUCCAAAUUUCACCGAGCUCGUUCAGGGGGAGCCAGGGAUGAACGCUAUCGAUCUGAUAUCCACACGGAAGCGGUUCAAGCAGCACUGGCAAAACACAAAGAACAGAAGAUGGCCCUGCCCAUGCCGACGAAAAGGCGGUCUACGUUCGUCCAGUCCCCAGCUGACGCCUGCACUCCCCCAGACACGUCUUCUGCAUCCGAGGAUGAGGGCUCGCUAAGGCGCCAAGCUGCUCUUUCUGCUGCAUUGCAUCAGAGCUUACAGAAUGCUGAGUCUUGGAUCAACCGAUCUAUUCAGGGGUCAUCCACAUCCUCAUCAGCAUCUUCUACACUUUCCCAUGGAGAAGGCAAAGGGACCAGUGGGUCACUAGCUGAUGUGUUUGCCAAUACUCGAAUAGAAAAUGUCUCAGUUCCCCCCGAUGUCACAGCAACUACCUCCUUGUCCUCGGCACGCCCGGCAGCGAUUGACCUGCCUCCCGCAGGGAUCGUGAAAGGCAUGCACAAGGGAUCGAACCGAUCCAGUCUCAUGGACACUGCUGAUGGUGUUCCCGUGAGUAGUAGAGUCUCCACGAAAAUUCAGCAGUUGCUUAACACCUUGAAAAGACCCAAACGGCCGCCCCUGAAAGAGUUUUUUGUGGAUGAUUUUGAAGAAAUUGUAGAAGUUCCCCAGCCCGACCCCAACCAGCCGAAGCCGGAGGGUCGCCAGAUGACGCCUGUGAAGGGAGAACCCCUGGGUGUCGUUUGUAACUGGCCUCCUGCCUUAGAAGCAGCCCUGCAGCGCUGGGGAACCACGCAAGCGAAGUGCCCCUGCCUGACAGCACUGGAUGUCACAGGAAAACCGGUUUAUACCCUCACCUACGGCAAAUUGUGGAGCAGAAGUCUCAAGCUGGCCUACACACUGCUUAAUAAACUGGGGACCAAAAAUGAACCCGUGUUAAAACCUGGAGAUAGGGUAGCCCUUGUUUAUCCCAACAACGACCCCGUCAUGUUCAUGGUGGCGUUUUACGGCUGUCUCCUGGCAGAAGUCAUACCAGUGCCUAUAGAGGUACCUCUUACCAGAAAGGAUGCUGGUGGUCAGCAGAUUGGUUUUCUACUGGGAAGCUGUGGUAUCGCUCUGGCCCUCACCACUGAAGUUUGUCUGAAAGGGCUUCCAAAAACCCAGAACGGAGAAAUUGUGCAGUUUAAAGGUUGGCCCAGACUCAAGUGGGUUGUGACAGAUUCAAAGUAUCUCUCCAAAUCUCCAAAGGAUUGGCAGCCCAACAUUUCAGCUGCGGGAACUGAGCCAGCGUAUAUUGAGUACAAGACGAGCAAAGAGGGCAGCGUGAUGGGCGUCACGGUGUCUCGGAUUGCCAUGCUGGCUCACUGUCAAGCCUUGUCGCAGGCCUGCAACUAUUCUGAAGGUGAAACGAUAGUGAAUGUUUUGGAUUUUAAGAAGGAUGCGGGGUUGUGGCAUGGCAUUCUAACGAAUGUAAUGAACAAACUGCAUACGAUCAGCGUGCCCUAUUCCGUGAUGAAAACCUGUCCGCUUUCCUGGGUGCAGAGAGUUCACGCCCACAAAGCAAAAGUUGCUUUAGUCAAGUGUCGCGACUUGCACUGGGCCAUGAUGGCCCAUCGAGACCAAAGAGACGUCAGUUUGAGUUCUCUGCGUAUGCUGAUUGUAACUGAUGGUGCAAAUCCUUGGUCUGUUUCCUCCUGCGAUGCCUUCCUGAGCUUGUUUCAGAGCCACGGGCUCAAACCAGAGGCGAUUUGUCCCUGCGCCACAUCUCCAGAAGCGAUGACCAUUGCAAUACGGAGGCCUGGGGUCCCCGGGGCGCCUUUGCCUGGAAGAGCCAUCCUGUCCAUGAACGGGCUGAGUUUUGGUGUGAUUCGUGUCAACACUGAAGAUAAAAACUCUGCUCUUACUGUCCAGGAUGUUGGCCAUGUGAUGCCAGGAGGAAUGAUGUGUAUCGUGAAACCCGACGGGCCGCCUCAACUCUGUAAGACAGAUGAGAUCGGUGAGAUCUGUGUUAGCUCCAGAGCAGGAGGAAUGAUGUAUUAUGGGCUGGCAGGGGUGACAAAGAAUACAUUUGAGGUCAUCCCUGUGAACUCGGCAGGCUCUCCGGUGGGCGAUGUGCCCUUCGUCCGUUCUGGCUUGCUGGGCUUUGUUGGACCUGGAAGUUUGGUGUUUGUGGUUGGGAAGAUGGAUGGGUUGUUGACAGUUAGCGGCCGCAGACAUAACGCCGAUGACAUCGUAGCGACGGGAUUGGCAGUAGAGUCGAUAAAAACAGUUUACAGAGGAAGGAUUGCUGUGUUCUCAGUGUCGGUCUUCUAUGACGAGAGGAUUGUGGUGGUUGCGGAGCAGAGGCCGGAUGCGUCUGAAGAGGACAGUUUCCAGUGGAUGAGUCGAGUGCUGCAGGCAAUCGACAGCAUUCACCAAGUGGGUGUGUAUUGCCUUGCUCUCGUGCCAGCCAACACCUUGCCAAAAACGCCGUUGGGAGGGAUCCAUAUCUCUCAAACUAAACAGCACUUUCUGGAGGGCUCUCUGCAUCCGUGCAACAUCCUCAUGUGCCCACACACGUGUGUGACGAACUUGCCAAAACCCAGGCAGAAACAGCCAGGCGUUGGCCCUGCCUCUGUGAUGGUGGGGAACCUGGUUGCUGGGAAGCGCAUCGCCCAAGCCUCUGGAAGAGAUCUUGGGCAAAUAGAAGACAAUGAUUUAGUUAAAAAGCACCAGUUCCUGACAGAGGUGUUGCAGUGGAGAGCUCAAGCGACCCCUGACCACCCGCUCUUCCUUUUAUUAAACGCCAAGGGAACCACUGUGUGCACAGCCACCUGCCUUCAGUUGCACAAAAAAGCAGAGAGAAUUGCAUCAGUUCUGUGUGACAAAGGACAUCUCAAUGCAGGAGACAAUGUGGUGCUUCUUUAUCCUCCUGGCAUUGAGCUAAUCACCGCCUUCUAUGGCUGUUUGUACGCCGGCUGCAUCCCUGUGACCGUCAGACCACCUCAUGCUCAGAGCCUCACUGCUACUCUGCCCACUGUGCGAAUGAUCGUGGAAGUCAGCAAAGCUGCCUGUAUUCUCACAACCCAGACCUUAAUGAGGCUCCUGAAAUCCAGAGAGGCAGCGGCUGCCGUAGAUGUGAAAACCUGGCCAACCAUCAUCGACACAGAUGACCUGCCCAGGAAGCGGCUGACACAGAUCUAUAAGCCACCUACACCUGAAAUGUUAGCCUACUUAGAUUUUAGCGUUUCCACAACGGGCAUGCUUACAGGAGUAAAGAUGUCCCACGCGGCGGUGAGCAGCCUUUGCAGGGCCAUCAAGCUCCAGUGUGAGCUCUACUCCUCUCGGCAGAUUGCGAUUUGUCUGGACCCCUAUUGUGGACUUGGGUUUGUGCUCUGGUGCCUUUGCAGCGUGUAUUCUGGACACCAGUCAAUUUUAAUUCCUCCUAUGGAGCUGGAAUCCAACCUUUUUCUCUGGUUAUCUACUGUCAGCCAGUAUAAAAUAAGGGACACGUUUUGUUCCUAUUCAGUCAUGGAACUGUGCACAAAGGGACUUGGAAACCAAGUUGAAAUGUUAAAGGCACGAGGAAUUAAUCUCUCCUGUGUCCGGACUUGUGUGGUGGUUGCGGAGGAACGGCCGCGGGUUUCUCUCACUCAAUCCUUCUCCAAACUCUUCAAAGACAUUGGCCUCUCGUCCCGUGCUGUCAGCACCACCUUUGGCUCCAGAGUCAAUGUCGCUAUCUGUUUGCAGGGAACGUCUGGGCCUGAUCCCACUACGGUGUACGUAGACCUGAAAUCCUUGAGACAUGACAGAGUACGUCUGGUGGAAAGGGGAGCUCCGCAGAGUCUGCUGCUUUCAGAAUCUGGGAAGAUUUUACCUGGAGUCAAAGUAGUCAUCGUUAAUCCUGAGACAAAAGGGCCUCUUGGAGAUUCUCACCUGGGAGAGAUCUGGGUGAACAGCCCCCACACGGCCAGUGGCUAUUACACCAUCUACGACAACGAAACCCUGCAAGCUGAUCAUUUCAACACCCGGCUGAGCUUUGGCGACGCCGCUCAGACACUUUGGGCUCGGACUGGAUACCUCGGGUUUGUUCGUCGGACAGAGCUCACGGCUGCCAGUGGAGAGCGCCACGAUGCGCUGUACGUUGUCGGAGCGCUGGAUGAAACGUUGGAGCUGAGGGGACUGCGUUACCAUCCAAUAGAUAUCGAAACUUCUGUAUCUCGAACGCACAGAAGCAUCGCUGAAUGUGCUGUAUUCACGUGGACCAACCUGCUGGUGGUGGUGGUGGAGCUUUGCGGCUGUGAACAGGAAGCCCUGGAUUUGGUUCCUCUCGUUACAAACGUGGUCUUGGAAGAACAUUACCUAAUUGUAGGAGUGGUGGUGGUAGUGGAUCCUGGAGUUAUCCCUAUCAAUUCCAGAGGAGAGAAACAGCGAAUGCACCUCCGUGACAGUUUCCUAGCGGAUCAGUUAGACCCCAUCUACGUAGCUUAUAACAUGUAACGUGGAUGGGGAAGGGACGGUCGGAAGCUUGGUGGGACCACGAACUGACCAAGGGUGGCUCUAAAAACGAAGCUGGUGAAAAUUACUAAUACUUGAGCUAAAGUUUGAGAUUGCUGCCAUAUUCCCUUCAUCUCCUCCUGUGGUGGUAAGAUCCCGGUCGCUACCGACAGACGCAAGGCGAUGUGGUAGGCGAUGGAAAACACUCGUAACAGUUUACUGGAAUAUUAGCUUUAUAGAAAACGCAGAGUUGGCAAACGUGUGAGCUACGAGAUUCCUAAGGCCUUUACAGUAGUGUUACUUUUUCAUCCGUUGUAUAUAUUUGUAUUUUUAUCUAAUACUGGUUUAGGAUUCUAUAAGGGGAGGGUUUAUUUAGUUAAGAUAAUAAACUAUUAAGAAAAGGGUCAUCAGAGUUCUGCAGUUCCCUGCUCUGUAACGUGCUCUGCAUCUCUACUGUAGCUUCGCGUUCCAUGGGAUCACACAACCUAUUUAAAAUCGUGCCAUGACCAAAUCGAUAACUUACGGAAUCGAAGAGUUACUUAUUCCUAUAGAGAUUUCUUGACUUUAAAAAGAAUUUUGCCUAUAUUUUAAAUAUGUAAAUAUUAUUAUACAUAAUUCACUUAGAUAGAAAAUUAACUUGGAUAACGAUGAUAGCGGAAGGGAGGCGUUUUUAAGGACGAAUUAACUUUUGUCGUUCUUGGCAUAAUUACGUUUGGUUCAACAAUGAGUGUGAGAGACACACGACCGUCACGGGUUUUCUUAUUUCAGUCCGUAGUCUUUUAUUGCUGGCCAGAAGUGUGUCACAGCGCCUCGAAACCCCCGGGUUUAGGGCACGGCUUUCUAAAGGAGGCUGAGUUGAAACAGGAACGUGGAAUUGGGUAGAAAUCGCAGUGCAAAUCCAAAAUGCUCAACUGAAAUGAUGUCGCUGAGCGACCUCUGCCUCUGGGACCCCUUGCGUUUGAAAGGAAAAAACCCUUCAGACAGUUCAAUUCCCUCUGUGCGAUUCAGUCAGCUUGGCAGAGCAAGAAAUCUUGUAAACAGGCUUUAAUGUAACCUGGGAGGCAACGACCCAGUUCUCCUCAAAGAAUUCCCUCGGAUAAUUGUGGGGUUUGAGUUGAACACAGUUUUAUUUUUACAGGAGGAGCACAAAACUGAGACAGAGAAGUUCUGGUAAACACUAAAUAACUGUGAAAACUAAUGACCCAGACUGCAAAACGUGGUGUUGGUGUGAAAAUGAGUAAAAGUAAGGAGACGGGAGCCUCAGCGGAGUGGGCACGAGCUCCUCCUUCAAGGAGGAGGGAGACGGUGCUUGAGAUUUGACUCCAAAUCACCUUUCUUUUGUCUAACGCUUAAUAAUCCUCUAAGAGCGCUGAAAUUCCUGGAGGUGUUAAGGAAAUACAAUUGCGUGAGCAGUGCGAGCUGAUGCCAGAUGCCGCAGGGGCGGGUUUUGAGUGCGAUGUGGUGCGCAGUCGCCGCGAUAUUCGAGGGUUCCUCGUUCAGAGGGCGGCUCGUCUUGACAAGGGUCACGGCAGGAACGCCGGAGAUGGCGAGGCAGGGAGCAAACCCCAAUCCUGUCCUUCAACAACUCCUGGUGCGUCCUGUCAGCUUUUUCCCUGCAGAGAGGAGCUGAGCGUUCAGCCGGGGAGCUCUGAAUUUUUGAUAAAUAUCUGGUGGGUGAGUCUAUUUAGAAGUUACCGCGGCAAGCCUGGGCUUGAGUUCUUCAGUUCUCAGUUCACGGGUGCCCCUUUUGAGCCGUUCCCUUUGCCGGUGCUGCCACGGCUGUAGGAGCGCAGCGCCGCUGGGAUUCUCGUGGUGCGGACGGUGGCUCCUUAAGGCCUCCAUCCAAACCCCCCUGUGCAUCAAGUCUUGAACAGAUCUAGUUUUUAACAGAUUGGCCACGGAUUGAGGGAAGGGGCCGACACCACUGGUGCCACGAUUUUACCAACGGUAAAGUCAGAGGCACACAAACUGCUCUCUCUUUUCAGCCAACCAACCCUGGUGCUCUCCGUUGUGCAUCAUUUCUUUUCUAUGAUUCUUUGCACCACAAAGUGACUCUCAGUCACCCAUUCCAGAAAAAAAAAUCUGAUGGUCUUGACCUUUUUCUUCCCCAAAUUAAAGCUUUGGGUAAAUUCGCCCGACAAAUACAUUAUUUGUCCAUUGAAGUGGAUUUUAAGUACAAUUCCAGGAUUGUCGUUUAUUUUUACUCACAGUUUUUCAAACAUAAAAAGCUGCCGGGAUCGAUCUGAUCGGAGAUUCCCAGCAGGCGGCCGAUGGACUUUGGGAAAUGGCGUUUUUGCAUGAUGUACUGCAUUGAUUUGAUUUCUUCCCUUGUUUUUAUUUUCAUUUGGCUUUUGAUGUUGGCAUUGACAGUUCCUUAGGGUUUGGGGUUUUAUCCUGCAAGUUUACUGUGUAACUCCUCAUCUUUCUUCUGGCGGGUGGCAUUUCUCUGCGUACGUUUACAGUCCUGCCUGGAGGAUGAGGUGACAUUCCCUCCUGGAUGGCCAGUGACGCGGAGCAGCCGGCCAGUUUUCACUUCAUUGAGUGCUUUUGUCCAGGUCUGGUGCAGUGAAAAGCGAUGAACCGGAGAGGGAAGCACGGAGCUUUGACUCCGGAAUCCCCGAUUCCCAGCUCUGGCUCUGCUGAUGACUUGGGCCAAGGCCCCCAGCGGGUCAUUCCCUCUCCCGCGAGGACGGCAGCUCAUCCUCGCAGCGUGACCGCUCAGCGCUGGGUGCUUCAUCGCUCGCCUCGCUGAGCUCAGGGUCGGUUUGUUCUUCCCAACUGAUUGUUCGCUUGAUGUGGGAAGGCCAGAAAAGGACCGGGCUGCUCCGCUUUAGAGCAGUUCCUCGGUGUCUCCCCACAAGAGAACAACCUGAGGUGCUUCCCUCCAGAAAACCGGCCGGGACGCUGAUGUUUCAGGUCCAGGUUGGGAGUCGGAGGCUUUUCCUGCUGAAUCCAGGGCCGAGUCCCAGGACACAGACUCAGUGCCAGUUUCUCUUUAUCCAUUUGCAGAAGGCAAAUUAUUUCCUACUGUUGCGCAUCAGCUCCCUUGCUCAGACCUGCCGUGAAACUUAAGAACUAGGAAUUCUUCAUGCUUCGAACUAAAAUGGUUUUAUUUCUUACUGUUUAUGAAUAUUCCCGAAGCAAAAUUCAUGGGUACAGGUGACUUCAAGUCCUGUUUUGUCACAAUUUGCACUGCAUUUUGGAUUUAAAUAACUGUAAUUGCAAUGUGUCCUACUAACUGUCUAAAAAGGUUGGAAAAACGAGGUAAAUUUUAGCUCUAAAUGCAAUUUUUCUUUCAUUUCUGUCAACCUAUUCACCAUUGUCAAAUUCCGACUACAGCGUCCUGUAAUUAUGUAUAAAGUUUUUAUUUAUUUAAAAUUAGAUUAGAUAUACAUUUUUAAAUUUAACACCUGGCUGGACAGUGUUCCAUUAACGCAUUGAUUGUGUUUCCUUUGUCUUGUGUUAAUAAAUAUUGAUGCCUGAUUGCGGCCGACUGCG